UUGAAAAGAAGAUGGAGUCUGAGAAGAUGAGCUACAAUGCUGGAGUUGCCAAGGGCCAAACUCAGGAAAAGGCCAGCAACCUUAUGGACAAGGCUAGCAACACUGCUCAGUCUGCUAAAGAAUCCAUGCAAGAGGCUGGUCAGCAGAUGAAGGCCAAGGCACAAGGAGCUGCUGAUGCCGUGAAGGAUACAAUCAACAAGUGA